AUGGAUUCAGCUAUCGCCAAGAAGAAGGGCUCACAGUACUCUUUCGUCGCUGAACAUCCAUUUGAAAAGCGACAAUCAGAAGCAAACCGUAUACUCGCUUCCUAUCCAUCCCGAAUCCCAAUCAUUGUCGAAAAAUCAUCAGCACGAUCAUCAUCUCCCCUCGCCGACUUGGAUAAACGAAAGUUCUUGUGUCCUGGUGAAAUCACUGUUGGCCAAUUCCAAGCUGUACUUCGUAAACGACUCAAAUUGAAUGCCGAUACAGCCCUCUUUUUGUAUGUGAAGAAUGUACUACCACCUGUAUCAGCAGAGUUGAGCCACGUAUAUCAGGACCACAAAGACGCAGAUGGCUUCCUCUAUGUCGUGUACGCUGGUGAAUCUACCUUUGGAGGAAAAGAAGAAGAAAUGUAA